GGGCAAGCAGGCCUCGAGCUUUGGCAGAGUUCUAGUGAGGCCGGGAUAUUCCUAAGGUUUACGUAGCAAGCAGGACUCGUCCGGAGUUUGGAAACAAGAAGGAGACAACUAAUGCUUAACGACCAAGGCAUGAGAGGAGUUCUAUUCCGAGCAAGAAUAUAGUUCAUUAAUUAGCAUUUAUUGUAUUAGAUUCCUCCUAAAAUAUCAACUCCUAAAACCUAUAAAUACUCAUGUACAUAUCUUGUAAAAGGGGUCUCUCUCGAGAUGAAUAAUACUCUUAUUACUUUCUCACGAUCAAUGAAUAUUUGAUUGAUUAAGCUCUUUUCGUUGGAAUUAUAUUCCAUCAAUAAAAAAAUAUAAAUAAUAUAAUAUAUGUAUUUAUAGGUAGAUAAUUAAUAUGCAUUUAUAGUUUUUUUUUACCCCCACCCCCCACCCACCCCCCAAAAGCCUGGGACCCCCCCUUCCCCACACCCAACGGCUAUAUAGCCGUUUGGGAGCCCUGCCCAAUGGUUAGGGAGGUGUUUGGCUAGUUUUCAAAUAAAAAUAAAAAUCUGACUGUUAGGCCCGAACCAGGCCGGGCCGGGUCACCAUUCCCUAAACCCGAGCCCGCCCCCGUUGAACCAACCGGUUCGGGUCAAUACUCGGUACUGGGACCGAAGGACUGGGUCGGGCCCGCACAGUAGCGGGCCGGGCCGGUUCACGGGUCGGGCGGCCCGAACCGAGUCCACCACUAGUCCCAGCUGUCCUUUUUUUACUUGCUCUCUUUGUCGUGCCUUCAUAAGUGAAUGGAAAUAUAUCAAAAUUUCUAUCGCAUAAUACCUCCCUAAGUUACCUGUACCAAGCCUACUUAGUGCAACAAUGAACAUUACUUUUGGUAACUGAGACAACUUACUUGAUAUUUUGAUACUAGUUUUGAUGAAUUAUUAAGUCAAAUAGUUGGUAUUAUUGAAUAUUCUUUUCAAAGUAUGUAUUGUUUUUGGUGUAUAGGUGAUAAUUAGGACUAGAUUUCUAGUAUGAAAUAGCUUUGUAUCAGUUGUAUUAUUAAGUCAAAUAGUUGGUAUUAUCGAAUGUUAUUUUCAAAGUAUGUAUUGUUUUUGGUGUAUAGGUGAUAAUUAGGACGACCUCCUUCCCACUAACAUGGGGACAUAAGGAGGUGAUGCCGUUAGUAAGAAAAGUAGGUUUAUGAUCGAUAAUUAAUUGAUAAAAUAAGAAUAAAGUAAGAAUGAUUUAGAGCAACACAAACUUUACCAAAUUUGGUAUGAGACAAUCUUAGUGAGAUGGACGAAAAAGAAAAUAUGUGACAAUAUUAGCGGGACAGAGAAAGUAUUAUUUAAAAAGGGGAAAUACUAUUCAUAGCCAUAAAUUGCUAUUUACAACCAUUAAUUUUUUUUUGAAUGAAUUCGGCUUUAUUAAUAACCAAUAAUUUUCAGAGUAUGGGUCAAAAGACAGAAAGAAAUCUGACAACCGUUAUCCCUCGAACCAGACUCGGAAUUAAUCGCCGCAGCAAUAAAAUUCGAUGAUCCAUAAUUGGGAAACAAACCGCCAGAAACGGUCACCCUAUUCCUCUCAAUCCCCAUAUCCAAAAUCAACGUCUUACAAACAGGAACAAUAAAGAAAAAACAAAUAACACAAUGGGCAUAAAAAUUACUGGAAAAACAAACGAGACAAAUAAAAUAAAUCUUCUUCAUAACCCUAGAUUUUCUUGCCUUCCAUGGCGGUGGCUCGGGAGGGGGACGCGUCCGUCGCUCAUCCACCAUAACCUCAACAUCAGCUUCAUCUAGAUUCAGUUCUUCUUCCUCUGCCCCAUUCGCCAUCCUCUUAUAUUUUUCCACGAAGCUAUCCAUGCAAAGAUGUUGCUCUAACCUUCUGCCAGAAACUCCAGCCCUGCUCAUUGUCGAGACCGAACACCUCGGACACAAUUAAAGCAAUCAACGAAUGCCUUGCUCGAAUCAACCAAGACAGAUCCCAAAACGAUUAGGUCGAUGACCCCAAUCCCAAAGAAGAAACAAAAACACGAUCUGCUAUGCCGAGAUCAACAACUAACAGAAGAAAAAUCCAAACUCGCACCACGACUGAACGAUCGUGGCCAGACAAAUGCCCCUAGGCAAACCCUUGGAGGCGGCGCUCUAGAGCUCACAACCAUUAAAUUAAAUAUCUACUUUGGUACUAAUAAAGUAGAGUAGUGUAAAUUGAAAUUAACUUAUAAUUUAAUUGCUAUCAAGUCCAAUCAUUAAAAUUCACAAUUUUAGAUUUUCCCCUCAAAAUCUAACAUUUACGGAGUGUUCUGAUAUUUAAGAAAUGUUAAUGAUGAAUAGACGAAUAGUUCUAACAUUUAGGGAAUGUCCAAUUCAUUUGCGUAAACAAUGCUGCUAAGUAGAUAACUAUCUCAUCACAAAUAUUGCAUCUCACGUGCAUUAUCUACUUAAAUUACAUAAUUAAAUAGUCUUUUGUUUUCCCUAAACACAUCAUCAUUACCUAUAGCAAAUAGACCUCAUAUUAUAAAUCAAAGUGGAAAUUACCUGGGAGGACCAUUCUCUAUAAACCUCUAUCAAUAAUGUCCGUACUACCUUUUCUUUUCAUAUUUAACUUUUAUAUUUUCACUUUUGGUUUUUUAUUUCAAUUUUAGACGGUUACCUUCCAACGUUCUCCACCUAUACCAAUUUCCUUCCACCGCGAGUCUCCUCUUUCUUCCCGCUUCCUCUUUUCUUCUUCUCGAACUCAUCUUUUCUCUUUCGUCAUCUUCACGAUAAUGUCUACUGCAAAUACUCCUCGUGUUACGAGAUCUUCUCGGCUGAAUAUCGAUGGAAGAACUUCAGAUCGUCACAGUGCUUCUGCUUCCCCUGUUCGUUCUAGAAGUCCGAACUUGGCUCCUAAGAAGAGAAGAAACCAAAAUGCUCCAAAGCCUCGCAAAAAAGCGAAGGUUUCCGUCAAUGUACAAGCGAAGAACUCUGGUAAAUCUGUUAAGGAACAAAAAAAUAACAAAUAUCCUUCAACAUUUAAGGUACUUCAUCCGCUUUUGUUAUAUUUACAGUGCUUCUUCUCUUUUGCAUGUGUACUUUUUGUUCUUGUAUUUGAAUUUGUUUUUUUUUAAUUUUGUUUAUUUAAUUUUAAUUUUGUUACUUUUUUUAAAUCCAGGAGUGGCAGUAUUUUGUUCCAUCUGAAUCGUGGUUUAACAGUAGAGUUUGUACUUUUAGCAAGGAUUGCAUUUCUGUAAAUCUUAAGGCCAAGAUGACUGAUGUGCAAUUGGGAUUAUUUAGGGAAACCUGCUUUGGUAAAUUGUUGGAUUUUCAAGACCUUAAAUUGCAGCCUCAACUUGUGCAUUGUUUGCUUUUGCGAGAAAUUAGUCACAGUAUUCCCAAGGAGAUCUGGUUUGAUGUUUCUGGCUUUGGUUUGCGUUUUUCAAUUGCUGAAUUUGCCGUUGUGACUG